GUACUGCUGAGUACCAGGGUAAUUACUCCCUGAAAACUCUGUAAUGUGGAAAACAGAGAGGCACAGCCUUCCUCGUAGCCAGCCCGAAGACAUACCAGUGCUGGUGAUGAGCAGGCUCACGCAACAGAAUUGACACGGUAUUAAAGUCUGAUAAUUUUAUUGUUGAGAAAUACUAUUUCAAUGUACUAUUGACACUAAUGUCAAAACUGACAUUGCAAAAAUAUUAUCCUUUGUAUUACAUAUAGUCCUAAACACCAGUCUAAACUUCUUGUAGGCCUAUGUAAUUUUAACUUGUACCUUAUUUACACAUUCAAUGCAGUUUUGGUGAAUGUUCUGCUAAAUAAUAUUAUAUGACAAUGGCUACCUCAGAUUGGAUGAAUGUCUGGAAAACCAUUUUUGGGAAAAGUUGAGGGGAUAAAAAAGCACUAGACAUCGUUUAAAAUCCUUUGACUCAUGCCUGAAACUAUCUCUAUUUUAAUUUGCUUCUUCUACAGCAGAAUGCAGACAGAGGAAAACAAUUGAUGCCAAAAGACAACUCCUAAUUUAAUAAACUGGAUAUAACUACAUACUGUAUUAUGGCUUGCAAUGCUAACAGAACAGAUAGUGAUUAUAGAUAAAGCUUGACCUGUUUGUUCUGCCUAAGUACUGUGAAUGUGAUUGCAUCAGUGUGUGUUCUCGUGUUAAUCUUCCGUUUGUCACUGUGGUUUCUUGUUAAAAUGCUAGCGCAGUGGAAACUCCCACCUAUGAAAAUAAAACUGUACAUUCACUUCCUGUGAGAGAAAAAGAGAUUCAGCUACUAAAUACUGCUCACAGAGAGUGAGGGAACAAGCCGGAUUAAUACAGAGAGAAAUCUUCUCACUGGGCACCAGAAAGUGGAUGCAGAAAACUUAAGAAGAAAGAGAGGAACUCACCAUGAGAAAAGGCUUAAGCUUUGUCCUGCUUGUUCUAACUUUCCUGAAGACAGGUACAUCCAAGAGCAGGAUCUCUGUCUUACAGAGGCUAGAAGAUGGCGAUCUGACUGUGACCUGUAACCUCUUGAGUGAGGACAAGGUUACCCAGAUCAACUGGGAGAUGGUGAUCGGUCAGAAUCGCAGCAAAGUGGGGAUCCUCCACCCCCUCCAUGGCACGCACAUCUUACCAGAUCACAAAGGCAAUGUGGAACUCCAGAGCAGCGCCUCCUAUCAUAGUACCUCUCUCACAGUGAUCAAGGUCGACACGGGCAACAGCAGCCAGCACUGCUGCUUGUUCAUCACCUUCCCUUCUGGGAACCUGGAGGCCUGUGCAGACUUGAACAGUAUGAAAGCAGUAUCAGAGGCACCUGAAGCCCACAUACACCUAGUCACAGAUGGAAGGUGGAAGGUGGUGACAGCUGUCAUUGUUGUCUCUGUUCUGAUGCUGAUUGGCGUCCACUUCCUUCGCAGGAGGUAUUGCAAUGGAAGGAGGCACGUAUUUCAGGUAGAACAAGUAUUUCUCUCAGACCCACAGACAGACUCAAUGGAGUCAUCAAGCGAGCUGCCCCAGUCAAGCCCCAAGAAAGAAUCCUCUGAGGCAUUCGACCCAUCUAAGCUUUAUGCCAAGAUAAAAAUCGACUAUUACUAUGGCAGACUGUGGAAGGCCUAUGAAAGUAAAACCCGUGGCAAGGGGCCCCAGCCAAAGAUUUAUCACCUGCUGGAGGGACAGCCGACAGAACAGAGAGACAAUGAGGAGCCCCAGCAGGGCUAAGCCACAUUCACCAGCUACACUGGCUUCAGAAAGCAUUCAGACCCCUUCAAUUUUUGCGCACUUUAUUGUGUUGUAGAUUUUUUUUUAUGGAGAAAAAAGAAAUCUCUCAUUUAUAUAAGUAUUUUUAUCUCUUUCAAAUUACAUAUUUUUUGAUAUUGUAGCUUUUGCUUUUGAAGAUAUUUUGUUUAGUACGAUUUCUGUGGCAUUUUUGGGCACCAGAAAAAGUGUAGACAUUUUACUUGUCAAACCAUCUAUCCUACUUGCACUCCACCCUGAUUUGGUGAGCGAUAUUGUAAGCAGCUUCGCUUUAUUCAGCUUUCUUUUGAUGUUAUUUUGAUCUGAUCACAAUAGACUUGUAGCUCUCUGUAAUAAAGUUAACCAAGUUUGUCUCAAACAGACAAACAAUGUAAACACAUCACAAACUAUUUUAUUGUUUAUUAACUGUGUGCAUUUGUGUGACAAUGGACUCUUUCAGUAAAUGAUGCUCUUGCCACA